CCAAAACACUAUGCCAUCACUCAGUUACUUUUUGGACAGUAUCGAUAGCCUGUGCCAGCGAAUCGAGGAGUUGCAGUUCAGACCUCCGGGAAUGUUCACCAAUGCCAUUGUCACAAAGCCCGACAUCACCCAGCUAUUAAAAGAUGCAAAUCCUUCAGAACUGCUUUUGUACCGCGUAACUAACCCUGUGGACGGUAGUAUCAUUGACCGCCCUGCCAAGCUCCUUGUCCGGGUCGACGGCAAGAGCUAUUUCGAGGACGACAACGGCGAGGAGUACCUGAACCACGACGUUUCCAGCAACAAAAUUCGUCGAGUGGCUGUGAAUGUACCUAGACUUGUUGCAAAUUCAGCCCAAACCACUUCUGGCGCCAGCAGUGACAUGUCGAGCUCGCCCGUUAAAGCAUCGGCACAGAUUACGGAGGCGGCGCUGAUCUACCGGUCGCUCAUCGAGUAUACCAACAAGUUACCAGUUGCAAACGAGGAGUUUAUACUUCUGAUUCGAGCCAUGAAAGAGGAAUACGAACAAUUCUCGGGCCAGUUGCAAGGUCUUCAGCAGGAGUAUGACGAGCAGCAGAAGUUGUUGCAGUCGCACAAUGUGUUUGGGUUGGAUGGGGUGCUGGAGGAUGUUAAUAUUGAUCGAGAGUUGAGGAGAGAAGAGGAAGAGGUCGCUGAGUUGGAGAGACAGAUCCAGCAGAAGCAGAGUGAAGGAAUGACGAUGGUGUGAGAGCAUUCCACUCUUACCAGGAACUCUAGAGGACAUUUCAAAUCUAAGAGCUGCAGGCAUCUCAUCUCAAACGAGUCCAGACACUACCAACGGGUAGGGAGAGAGCACCAACGGGUAGGGAGAGAGCGCUAUCGGUUAGGGAGACAUAAACAUAGGAGCGUUCACGUAGAGGGGACCUAUACACCCACGGACCCUGCCAGGAUUCCGUUUGAACUCAACUCAUCUCAGUGAAGUUAUCUCAUCAUCUCAUCGGCCAUCCAAUCAACAAGUGAUCCAAAGCCAUAUCUCGCUGCACUACACUUUCUAUAAAUUAAGUUGUCUAUUAUAAUACAGGAUACUUAACUUACAAAGAAGACAAGAUGUCAGAGUCACCAGCAUCCAAAACAGAUAAGGUACCAACUCUGAAUAAUUUACCACAAACAGUACCUAAUUCGUUGUUUCCACCUUGGAAGUAGUAGACUGGGGUCUUGGACAACAUGGCGUAGUAUUCCAAUUCAGACUUUCUCAAGACUGGAGUGUUACCAGCGAUGAUGAUCAACUUGGACUUACCAGAUCUCAAGGAUUUGACGACGGACUUGUAACCCAAGGUGUACUUACCGGACUUGAUAACCAAACCUAACUUGGCGUUGAUGUUUUCUUGAUUCUUUGGGGCCAUCUCUGUGUUUAAUAUUCUUUACACUCCGGUCUUUGACUGUUGUAAAAAUAGUUAAGU